GGAGUGCAAAUGUGUUCCAAAACACCUGUGUGGACUCGAGAACAUCGUCGACUCUCGAUCCGAUGCAGGAGAAGAAGUUAAGUGUCAAUCAUAUCUUGAAACAUGUUGUUUACCAAAUAUGAUUAAUUACCCGACUCCUAUGAGUUGUGGUGUCCGUAAUUCGAAAGGGGUAUUUUUCGGAAUUACCGGUAACAAUGACAAUGAAGCGUCAUUUGGUGAGUUUCCAUGGCACAUUGCACUUUUUAAAAAUGUACAAGGUCCAAGUGGUGAACUUUGGACUUACGUAUGCGGUGGUUCAUUGAUUAAUCCGGGUGUGGUUCUAACUGCAGCCCAUUGUUUAAGAACAAAGAAUGGACCAAUGUUGGAUUUACACAUGUUGAAAGUCCGUGCCGGAGACUGGAAUUUACGAAUCACACACGAGCCGUAUCCCCAUCAGGACCGAGCUGUUCGUAAUAUUGAAAUUCAUCCAGAUUAUCAAAGGAAUGGCUUGCUUAGUGAUGUUGCAUUGUUAUUCGUCACACAGCCAUUUGAAUUGGGUCCACAUAUCAAUACAAUUUGCUUGCCGGAUCCGGGCGUUGUUUUCGAUCAACGAUCUUGCUUCAGCAGUGGCUGGGGAAAGGAUAAAUUUGGUGACGGAGGGAAAAUGCAAAAUAUUUUAAAACGGAUUGAAGUAUCAAUUGUACCACAUGGAACAUGCGUUCAGAAAUUAAGAGAAACACGUCUCGGACAAUCUUUCCAAUUAUCUCCGACUUUUAUUUGUGCCGGAGGCGAAAGUCAUGGUGACACAUGUACUGGAGAUGGAGGAGGUGCGCUGGUUUGUCCAACGUCAAAUGGUCAAUAUGUUCAAGCUGGUAUUGUUUCUUGGGGCAUGGGAUGUAAUAACACAACGCCAGGAGUCUAUGCAAAUUUGGCGUGGUUCCGGAAUUGGAUAGAUCAGUACUAGUAAAGAAUUGAAUUGAAUGUCAUAAACGUCUGUCUGACUGCGUCUUUUUUAAUUAUUCAAAAUCAAAACCAAAUUUGUAAUGAAAUAAAAUACGUUUCAAUUAGACGAUAUUAUA